AUGGAUCUUGAUUUGGCUCUCAAGCGGAUGGGAGAGAGGGAGGAAGUGCCAAUUUGCUUUGGACUACCUGUUCCAGUUAUUAAUCUGAUAAUAGCUUAG